UAAGCACGCAGCCUCACUCUGAGUCCUUCACUGGAGAUCUCCACAGGGCUGGCUGACUGAGCCAUGGAUGUGAUCUUGCAGAACAUAUUUGGUCUUGUGUGGCGACUAGAGUUAUGUUAAAUCACGACAUCGAAUCGAAGAUCCGAUGUGAAAUAAGUUGUUGGCGAUGAGACUGAGCGCAAUUCAGCAUAACAACUUGCGAUCCGUACUGAGAGACGACAAUGUAUCAGCCACUGGAUCGCGACGCGGCACCACUCAACCCCAACAAGAGCCAACAACCCAGCCAAAUUCGCCCUAUUGAAGCACAACAUGGGGACGCAGGUUGCGAACCAAAAAGGCUAUCGAAGCAACCACCAAAGCGCCUCAGUUUCUUCCUCAAAUCCAGUCUCGUCAUCUCGUUGCUCUUCCUCGCAGGCGCCAUCGCCUUCAUCUCAUGGCUAUGGUGGGCACCCCACCAAGACGUCCGCUGGCGGAAAUGGGUCAUCGCGCCGAACCGGCUCCAACUAAGCAUAACUCUAUGUGCCGUCGUCAUCCGGACUGCCAUAGGCAUACUGGCGACCGCGGCCACGGCCAUGAUUGCCUCGGUCGCGGUCGAACGAAGGGGUGUAUACCUCCAAGAUGUCGCUCAAGUCUCCGUCGCGCGCUUCUCUAGCGACGGGCCGCUCUCUCUGAGUCUUCUCGCGCUCACGAGCUCAUCGCUUCAGCCGCUAGUCCGCUUGGUACUCGCGCUCUUGGCUGUCACGACCAUUGCUGCGCAGUUCACGUCCACUCUUCUCGUAGCAGAUCUCGAGCAGCGCCGGGUCGUAACUUUUCCUGAUUCAGUGUCCAAUGCGUAUACCUUCAUCCCGGGAAACCUCUCCAGCGGUCGACCACCUGAAGCCGUCUCUGGAUAUGCGCACAACUACUGGAUCCAACGACCGCGACUCACAGAAACAUUCGCAGAGUACACAGGCCCCGCAGCGGAAGGAGAAGGACUCGAUGACACCGGUCCAACAGUCAGAGCAUUCCUUCCCGUGGCAUCACAGCAGGAGCGCGAGUCGCUCCUCGAGUUCCAAGGCAUGGCCAGAGUCCUAGACACACGAUUCAUCUGCAUGAGGCCGCAGCUCAGCAACGUCCGCCCGUGCAACGGCACAGACGGCGUCAACAUUUGCGGGUCGAUACGGCUCGAUCCCACCGUGGACGCGGCGGCUAUGGCGGGGCUGUCAUGGACGGAUGAAAUGAACUUCAACUUUAGCUGCCCUGUGACGGGGUACAUGGGCAACCAGUACGACUGGCAGAUCUGCGCGUACGAGACGCUGAACUGGACGUCCUUUGACUGGUCUCUUCGGAAUACCACGAGAAUGACGACGAUGAGGAUUGUCUGGGAUGCUGGAAGGAUCCAGGGAAACAUGAGCUCUGAUAGCUUGAAGUCGACGGUCAAGGUGCUGAGUUCAACUGGCUCGGGCCCGUGGACUAGGGAGUCUCUGCACAUCAGACUUGUUGACUCUGACACUGUGGGGAAAGACCAGUAUAUUAACUUCAACAUGACGAUGUGUGCACAGUUUUACAACUACCCGGACUCAAUCCAGUAUCUCAACGUCUCCGCAACCAGCUCAAGAAACAGAACAGAGCCAACCUACGAGUGGGAUGUAGAGCGAGAGGUCUACGACACGAGUGCAGUCCGCAGACAACUCGGCGCCGUCAAGGAUGCCUCAUCCUUAUCCCACGAUGACCGCCAAGUCCUGACGAUCAGCAAAAAUAGCCUAGACUCGGCCGUGACCGACGCUCGCGAUGGCUCUAAGUGGCAACAGUAUGCCGCCGACCGUAGCCUGGAAUGGUUCUUUUCCCGCGUCACCUACGCCCGAAUGCCCUCCAUGCCCAUCGCCUUCUGUCAUAAUUGCGCUCCCAAUCUCGACUCCCAGGAUGGCACCAGCGAUGUGAUCUACGAGCGGCUUUUUGGCGAUACCAUCGACGAGACGGGAUCGCCGGCUCGCGCGAUGCAGGCAGUGUAUUUCACCCUUGCUCGACUUGUCUACUAUGACUUUCUCAGCGCCUUUUCUCCCAAUACUGCCGUCCCUGAGAUGGACAUUGCGGACGUUGUCACGUUUGAGCUGACUUCGAUACCGAGGCGUUUCAGGGGGUAUCUAGCUGUCGUAGGGAUAAUAAUCGUCUUCUUGGCCUCGUUCGCUGCGGCGGCGGUCCUCUUCACGUCUACGCGAUAUAGCUUGCCUGAAAAUGCGUGGCAUACUGUUGCGCAGAUCUCGGAGAGCCCUGAGCUGGCAAACUUGCUUCACGACGCGAGAGUUGCCACUGAUGACGACGUUGGGCGUCUAGCAAAAGCCUCCAAGUUUCAGCGCUUUGUUGUUCGAGAUGGUGUCUUUACUCAAGCUACGGGGGCUGAAUUGGAUAUGGAGCUGGAGUCGAAUCAGUCCCGCCGUCGACUGACGACGCAUGAAGCAAUUCCGUAACGCGCGACGAGAGGUUUUCAAUGGAUUGAAGUUCAUUACCAGAUAGCGUAG